AUGUCGUCAUCACAACUGGCGCAGCUCCUGAGAGGCUCGCGGCUUUCGCAUGUGCCUCGGAGCUCUAAACCAUUUGUUUCUUCUGAACCGAAGUACUAUCCAACACAUCAAGUUGUGGAGACUAAGCCGUCGACACUGAAUCGGCAAGAGUGGGGGCUUAAGGCUCCCAUCCCUCGUAAAGUCAAAUCACGGUAUCUGAUUUACAACGACCUAGAUACUCUGGAACGGAUUACCACUUUUGAGACUAACGCAGGCUCACAAUGGAACAGACUGAGAUUUCAAGAGAUGCGACUGGCCCCCUCGUACAACCCUGGGAAGGCCAAUCCCCUGUUUGAGGGCACAUCGUCUCCUGCCGACAAGCAGGCUCCAUUGUCGUCACUGAUGGGUGUUAGCGAAGAAAAGGUAGACUCUUCUACCAAGAAGUUGAGUCAAAAAAGUUCAGCUCUUCAGGCUUUGCGUAAGGACUUCAAACUGUGGAUGUUGAACAGAGAUCCUGAAGCUUUAAAGAAUAAGACCUUCACUGCCAAAGAUAUGAAUGAGAACGCUAUGCAGUUCUUGAACGAGCGUUUUGGAUCUCAUUCGCAAUUAGAAAUUAGAAAAGAUGCCUUCAAAGGGGUAAUUGGUAGCGGUGGCUUGACCUAUACUCUUGGUGGCAAGUUACUGAACUCGCCCAAUGGUGUUAUACAAAAGACUAUUGUUCCUGGCAGGUUCUUGAACUUAGAUGGUAAUGAUAGAUUGGCAGCUAUCGGUGGAUUCGUUGCUAAUGCUUCCUCUUCUACUCCUAUGACCUCUCAAGUUGCGUAUAACAUGGGUGACUUUGUCAGGGAGUUGACUUUCCCAUUUGAUGUUCAAAAAGUUUCAGUGGAUGAGAAUGGCAAAAUUAUGAUGAAGGCUCAAGUUAUCAGCGGAUUAAGUCAAAGAAUGAGAGGUAAGAUUCAAGGAAGAAGUUACCAACAACGUCCAAUAAAGACAAAUAAAUCGUCUUCACCAGCUGUAAGUCCGAUCGAUCCAAAAAUGCAAGCGGACGAAUUGUUAAAUAUCCUUUUAUCGAAUUUCAACUAA